UGGAAUGAACGCACCUCUUCCUUCUACGCGGGCAUUUCUCUCCGAUCUACCUUCUCUUCCUGUUAGCUCGAAGGUCCGAUUUCUUGGUUGGUGCGUGGAGUUCCUUGUCUGUCCAUGUGUAUAUCUUAUCAUUUCACAUGUUGUAUAUCGUAGACUAUCUAGAACUGCUUGAUUCUUCACUUGUUCACGAAGAUAGUAGUAAAGAAACUGAUUUUCUCAGCGUGAGGACAUACAACAUCCAAACGGGGCAUCUCAUCCUUGAACACAACUAUCCGCGUCAGAAACCACCACAGGAGCCACCCUCUGUUGCCGUUGAUAUCAACGCGGUGCUGGAGACAGUCACCUCGCAGGAGCUGUCUGUUGGCGCGUGGGUAAAUGUGCUCGGCUAUGUAAGGAGAUAUAGGAGAAGUGAUGAUGAUUCUGCUGUUUCAGAAUCAAAUCCCAACUCAGUGUAUGUGGAAGCCGUGAUGGUGUUCCCAGCUGGCGCCGUGGCGUUGGGAGAGUAUGAGCGAAUCCUGCAGGAAGCGUUGGGCGUGGAGAGGAGGGUACGGAGGACAGGGUGAUAACCCAUACCAACAUAUUGAUUAAUGACUAGCAAUUAUUCAACUGUUUUCUAUGUGCCAU